UCAAGGAAAACAGCAAACAUGGCUUGUGUUUGUAGCUUUGCUACAGCGUUGCUCUCCGGUGCUUUAAGGAGCAAAUAGUAUUUUGGUAGAUCCUUCGACAGGCGUAAAAUGUGAUCGAAAGAAACGAUAACCAUCGCAUAAAAACCAUCAUGGAGCGCGAGAAGGGGAAGGGUUCUCAGAAGAGAGGACCGAACAAAGUGAAGGCGCUCUUCCCUCCCGGUGAUUUCAUCGCCCUCGGCUCCAAACAGCGGGCGACCGCAGCGGACAUUCCGGAACCGAAGCCCUCGGCCAAGUCGUCCUCUCUGAGUGGCGCCAGUUCGAGCACGGACCGAAAGCGCAAUGAAGGCGCCGGCGGGUCGUCGUCUUCGACGUCGUCCAAGAAGCCCAAGUUGGCCGCUGCCGCGCCGUCUUCGCUCGCUCGUCUCGGCGUCCCAGCGCCCUCCCAGCACGUCAAGCGCGAGGUCCCGACCAAGAGCGACCAGUGGGACGUGAUCGCGGUCGAGGUAGACCCGACCGACUUCCUCAGCAAAGUCCUCAAAGCGGAAGACCUCGGCGACGACGACAAAGUCGAGUCGAUCAUGUGCGGCGCCGCGAAAACGCUCAAGAACACCCGUCCGAAGCCGGACCCCAUGCUGUACCUCACGCUGAUGUUCCUGGCCAAGACGCGACCCCGCGUCUUCGACUCCGAGGUCGUCGUGGAGGCGUUCAGCAGCCUGCUCAAGCGCGACGUCUCCGUGAACUUUAAGACCAAGGCCAACAACCUGACGUCGGUCUUGACGUGCAACCUGCUCCUGGCCGCUUUCCAGGACAGCGUCAACUGGCCGGAGCAGUUCGUGAAGGCCUUCGUUGAAGACUCUCUCGGUGACAGGAUUUGGGUGGACCACGACGAGUGCAAGAACUUCGUCGACAACGUGCUCACAGCCUUCAACACGAGGCUGCCGCCCAAGAGCAUGCUCGCACCUGACCUCAUGUUCAAGCCGGACGCCUGUCCAAGCCCCCCGGUGCAAGCGAUGGACGACGACGACUCCCUGUCGAGUCUGCACCUGGACCUGAAAGAGAACCCCGAGAACAUAGUUGUCGUGCCGCGCUUUGCCGGAUCGCAGGCAAACAUUGAGCACUACAUCCUCGAGGUCAUCCAGGAGCAGUUGACUCGGAGGCAGCCGAUGGACAUUUCAAAGAACCUGCUGAGACUCCUGGUUUGUGCGUGCGGGAUCAGCGAAGUGCGGUCGCUUGUAGCCCACAGGCUCGAGACGUGGCUGCAAAACCCCAAGCUCACCCGGCCUGCUCAAGAUCUCCUGCUCACGGUGUGCAUGAACUGCAACCAGCACAACAAGCACGACGUUGACGUGAUCGUGUACCUGAUUCGUAUCCGACUCAAGACCAAGCCGGUCGUGAAUCACUUCAUGCAGUGUGCCAAAGAGCUGCUGGGACAACAUGCAGACAACUUGAGCACGGUCCUCAAGCACUGCAUCUACAAUGAACUCUCCAACUCGAGGAAUCCAAAUAACAUGCAGCUCCUCUCCGUCAUCUUCCAGCACUCUCCUGAAAAGGCUGCCAAGGUCCUUGCUGAAGUCUUCCAAGACUUGUUGAUUAACAAGGACGACUACUUGCGGUGCCUGCGCGCGCUCUUUCGGGAGAUUAUCCGCUCGUUACGUCAUGACCUUAACUUUACAGCAUUCUGUCUGGGUCUAAUGCAGGAGCGCAAGGAAGCCCAGUUUCAGGAAGUGGACCAGACCCUCAAGGAACGCCUUUUUGUGUCCCUGACCGACCUGAUUGUCAAGGCCAUCUUUCUGGCCAUAACCCCUGCCGUGCGAGAGGCGGCAACAGCCUUCUUCCGAGGAGAGAAGAAGGACAUCUCAGCACUGCGUAACUACCAGAUGCAAGUAGCCACCAUCCAACGAGACACGGUCUGGUGGCUGCAUACUAUAGUGCCAAAAAUGUUCAAACCAGGCCGGAAUGAAUUCAUUCACUGCCUGCACAAGACAUUCUUUCUGGAACAGUUGGAGCAUUACUGCAAGGACAACUGGCCCCCAGAGGGGGACAGGCCCCUCAUGCUGAGACUGGCGUCUGAUGUUCCAGUGCUGGAGGACACCCUCUUCCGCAUCCUUGUCAUUGGGAUGUCUAAGGAGCACCCGCUGAACCCUUCUGAUGCCUUGGAGUUGGUUGAACAGCUGGUGAGAAGGGCUUCUGCCAUCUAUAAAGAGGAUUCUCAUCCCGUGCUUGUUGUGGAGAGAACAGACCUGAUUGAGAUCAUUUUCCACCUCUGUGCUUACCAUCAUCCCGAGAACAUCACCUUGCCGUCUGGCUACACUCCCCCCAACCUGGCUAUUGCAGACUACUACUGGAAGGCCUGGAUUAUGCUACUGAUUGUUGUCGCACAUAACCCAUCAACGUUUGGUGAGGUUGCGUGGGGGAGUCAUCCAACUUUGCGCAGUAUGAUGGAGAUGUGCAUCACCAAUCACUUCGUGUUUCCACCACCAACGCUGGCAGUUGGUGAGAAAGCCGAUGAAAUCAAGACUCGUGAGAUGCAAAUCUCUCAGAUUGAAAAGCAAAAGAUCCUCGAGUUUGAAACUCACCUAGCAGCAGCUUCAACAAAAGUGACAAUCACUGAGAGCAACAGCCUCCUGCUCUCAAAGCUGAUAACUAUGGACCCUCAGGGGGUGACCAGAAGGCCUCCUUUGCAAGUGUUAGAUCAGCUAAAGGCCCUUAAUGAAACUCACAAGUUGGGCCAUCUGCUCUGCAGGAGCCGGAACCCAGACUUCCUGCUUGACAUCAUUCAGAGGCAGGGAACUUCUCAUAUGCCCUGGCUGGCAGAACUGGUGGAGUCUAGUGAAGGCUCUUUUGACCUUUUGCCUGUUCAGUGUCUCUGUGAGUUCCUGCUUACAGAUGCACUUGAAUGCAGCCAGAAUGGGGACCUGGAGGAAGAGAAGCCGGAAAAGGGGAAAGGCAAAGCACCUCAGAGCAAGAAGCGCAAGCAACAGCAAUUGCUUCAACAUUUACAAAAGUUGCUCAGGAACCCGGAUGAAGAUGUGCAGGCCACAUGUGAAGUCCUUGACUAUUUCAUGAGGCGACUUAGCUCUCAGCAGCAAGGUGCAAGGACCCUUGCUACGAAGGGACUUAUGGUUGUGCUCAACCAAAAGGCGGGGAUAACUGAUGCAGGACAGAGCACUGAACUAAACAGCCAUGACUGGCUUCUGAAAGACAUUCCCUCCCUUCCCCACUUUGGUGUGGUCAGGCACGAUGUUAGUGCCACCUUACGACAAGCGUGCCAGGUCGAGAAUGAUCCAUUUGCUAUCACAGCCUAUGUCAAGUUCCUAGCGACCUACACUCCCGACGAAGGUCUGUCAGAGUUAUCCCUAGACAUCACCCAACUGAUAAUCGAGAGACCGACGAUCGUAAAUUGCAUCCUCCUGCAAGACACAACAAGUACCAUCUACAGCCAAUUGUUUCACUGUUCCCUGCUUGACAUCUUUACCCGCUAUCUCCAGAAUGCACGGAAGCCUUCUAAAGACGUCUUCUGGUAUGAAUGUCAAGAUCACAUCACUCUGCAGUGGCCAUCAGGAGAGACUGCCACAAUGCACAUCUUAGUUGUUCACUCCAUGAUCAUCCUGCUGACGUACGGACCUCCACAAACAAAUCCUGAAACCUUCAAUGCUCUCCUCGAGACCUGGUUCCCAAAAGGAGGUGAUCCACCUCAAGCCUUCUUGGUGGAUACUUCUGAGGAGGCCCUGCUGCUGCCAGAUUGGCUCAAGCUCAGGAUGAUUCGGUCAUCGGUGGAUGUCCUUGUUGAUGCUGCCCUGAAAGAUCUGGAUCCCAGCCAGCUCGUGCUUUUCAUACAGUCUUUUGGCAUCCCAGUUCCAAGUAUGAGCAAGCUUCUUUGCUGCCUGGAUAAAGCUGUUGAGUAUGACGAAGAUGCUGUGGCUCAAGCUGUGGUCGAUAAGGCUUACAUGUCCCAGCUGGUUGAAGUGCAGCACCAGAGAGGAGCUGUGGGCGGUGAGAGGUUCUACAGGCUCCUGGGAGAGAACGAUAUAGGUGAUGGUGCAAUGGAUGCUGAUGACAUUGAGCCGGUUCCAACGUCCGUCAUCCAGCAUGCCCCUCCACGGGUUACUGAGGCAUCUCACCUUGACUCCAUUUCUGGAGCUGUGAUUCAGCUUUUUGGCCUAGACCCACAAAAGGGGAAGCUGGUGGGUAAGCAGGAGCAAGAACUGUUUAGGAAGCUGCAGAAAGCCUUUUCUCAUGAUGUGCUAAGGAAGUGUCUCUUUGGUGGUGCACUGGCUGAAUUCAUUCACACUUGUGAACACAUCUUAGAAAAUGAACACAGAGAGGUCUUUGUCAAUGCACUGUAUGCAAAGUCUUUCAUAUCAUGUUCUCUCUUCAGGCUGGCUAUUGCUGCCCAGCAGAGGGAAGCUUCAAACUCCCCACUGACUUUCAAGUUUCACUGGGUUUGCACAAAAAUCCUGGAGUUAACGAAGACAGCGUCACCACUCACUGCAAUUCUGAAGCACUACUGCACUUCACACUCGUCUUCGAGGAACAAGGAUCAGGCUCCAAGAAGACUGACGCCUGCUGAUGCCAAGUCUGCUAACAUUGUUGAGGCCCUCACAUCGGUUGCACUCCACGAGUCAAAACGAUUUGAAGAGGCACUCUGCGUUUUGGUGCAGAGAGCCAUCAAGAUAGGUGACAGUCAGCAGCUGAUCCAUGCGCUCUCAAAGAUCCUUUGCGAAAACAUGUUUGAAUCUGAGAAAGUUACCACAAGCUUUGUCAUCGUCGACUGGCUGGAACACCUGGAACCUGAAUGUAUUUCGUCUUCGCCAGAGCUUCAGCACCAGUUGCUUUUCCAGAACAGCACUAACAACCAACUCCUGAGGACCACAUUUCGGCCGUACUUGCUUGCACUUCUGAUUCACAGAGCUCACUGGACCACCUUACAUAUGGUUAUCAAUGAGAUCCUCUCCCCGGCAUCCAUAAAGAAGUAUGAUCCUUCUGCUGUGCUGGACUUCCUCCAGGCGUGCAUGUUUAUCCCGAAGAUAUGGCAGGGACGCGAUAAAAAGAUUCCUAAGCACUACACCCCAGAAAAGGUUCUGGUCUUUAGCCCAGAUCAGGUGUGUUCCAUGACUGAUUACAUCCUUAAUGAAUUCUUAGCCACGGCAACUCCCGCUCCCAAGGAGGAGUCUCCGACCAGCACGGACAAGAGACUCCAGAUUUCCACGCGGCUUCCUCUGCUGGAGCAGGGCUGCACCGAUCAGCUCCUCGUCUCUUCUGUUGUGCUGCACCUGAUGACCAUCACCCAGAAUGAGCCGGAGCACAGAACAGCUGCAAAGGAAAUGCUCACCCAGCUCUAUCUCUUCAUUCCUGGCAUUGUGUUCACUUCGGAUGCCAUAGCUGAGGUCCUGAAGGACAUUGAGCCUCAGACCUCAGGCCAAACGAAGGUAGACACACUGUCACACACACUGUUGCUGGCACUGUCCAUCGCCGACUACAACAAGCAGGCCUAUUACAAGCUCUCGGACCUGCACCUGGCUGCGAGGAAGUUGGCUGCUACCCAUCCCGAACUCUUGCUUCGUCAGCUCCCGUUGAUGGCCAGCCUUCUGCAUAGCCGCUCAGGUAUGGGCACCCUGCUCUUCGGUUCGAGAAACCACGCUUCAUUCUUUGUACACAUGCUGGGCAUUCUAGAGCUGUUGUCCCCCCAGCUUUUCUCCGACACGAGGGCACCUACAGUGGACGACAUCUUCAACGUCUACGUCGAUGCCUUUCAAUCGCACAUGCAGUUUAUGAGGAAUCACGAAAGGGAGCGCAUCAUGGGACUCCUCAACCGCUUUCUGCUUCUGAUUCACCAGUACCUGCACACCAAUCCAACUGCAGCAAGACGAUGGAUCCAGGUGCACCACAACUCAUUUCAAGAUGUCUCCAGCAUUUUUCCGGACAUGAUGAGCUUGAAGACACUUCUGGCUGGAACCUGUAUGGUCCACUUGCACUCCGAAGGGUCUGAGCACGCCGCUGAACCUGGGAUGGAACCUGGUUCGGGCCCCAGAAGUUCUGUGCCACACCCUCUUGGCCAGUCCUCUGGGUUCUCCCGAAGUGGAGGGGGCAGGGACCUGAGGCGUCUUCUCGACAGGGAUUCGACCGACCCAGAGGAAAUACUAUCUGCGCUUAAGGACCUCGAGGCAGUCUCAGCAAAGAAGCCGGACGUUUUGGAGGCGUACCAGGACGAGCUGCAGUGUGUUGUGCUUACAAGUUCAAAUACUUCUUGUUGCAGCCUGGCUUUCAAGCUGCUCCUUCUGAGUAUUAGGAACAAUCCAAAAACGGCAGGCCAGUUUAUCUCUGGUUAUCUGCAAUGCCUUGCGAGCGAGCGCAGGGACUUGGUUCUUAUGGCAUUGGACCGUCUGCCCGAGUUUGUAGUCUUGGCAGAAGAGCAUGGAAGCAUGUUGCUGCAGAAGGCAUUCCAGGUGGGGAUCAGCACCAAUGUGAACAGUGCUGUCCCCAUAACGGAGACCUUGCUCUUGCUUAACAUGCAAUACGGGAACUAGGCAAGGCUAUUUUGCAUUUUGCUAAGUUUACAAAUGACAGUUGUGAACUGUGCUGUGGCUGGGGGUAUCAUUUCUAGUGCCCUGAUGCAGUUCUUUUGAGUCCUUUUAGUUUUCUGAGAAAGGAAAUUUUGAAUGGAAUUGCUUAGACAAUUUGGGGAGCUUGGAGUGCUCUGUACCAUCUACUGAGUGAGCUAAACGAGAAAUGAUAUGGACAAUUUUUGUUUGAAUUACAGAAGAAUGCAUUAAAAUUCCCCCAUGUAUGUCAGGGGCCUGCAGUCAUGUGAUUUUAAUCUUGCUUCAUUUGACAAUUUCAGCGCUCUAAUAUUUGAAUGUUUAUUGUAUUUGGAAAUAAAUGCUGCUUCGAUCAUACAA